CUCUCCUCAGACUUUCAUCCUUCCUUUCUCUCUCUAUCCCAAACUUUUUCUGGUACCCUCCUGCCUCCACCCUGACCCUCCUCCUCCUCCUCUUCCUCGGCCCUUGUAGGUGAGCUGCAUGAUUGGGCGGCAGGUUGAAAAAGGGGCUCGGCUUUUACAAAUCACAUGGUUCACAUUUGCAGCUCCCUGAGACGCCAUUUUGGAGGAAAGUUUGGAAUUUGUGGACCUGGGGAGGAGGAGGUGGAGGAGGAGAGGAAGAAGAAGAAGAAGAAGAAGAAAAGAGGAGGAAGUGGCAGCAGGAGCAGAGAGGAGGGAUUUACUCUGGAAGAAGUUUGACACGAAUGCAGCAGGCUGUGCCGGGAAUAAUAGCCUUCACAUAUAAAAGUGUGCGUGCCAGUGCGGGAUAAAUCAGCCCAUGCAGGCUUGGCACGGCUGGAGUUUAGGUGUGCCACCAGCCAGGCUGAAGUUUUUUUUAAUUUCUGGAAAAACCAUCAAAGCUCCGGAGCGGAUCAGCAGCAGCAGUGAGCAGUCGGUGCAGGAAGAUCUUUUAUAGAGUUUGGCUCUCUGCAGGUCCCAGUUGCUGAACGCUAAAUUUCCACUUUUUCCCCCUCCGGCCACCAACCAGUGUGUCGCCUCCCGCGGUCAGCCUGCGCGGUGCACGCCGGGGCAGGGAGCCUCUCAGGCGGGGAAGUACAGCACUCGGAGUCGGUCGCGCUCUGGAGCUCCUCCUGGAUCCUGCUCGCCGUUUUGUGACACUACUCCCAAACCAGGAUCCAGAGCGGUGUGUGUCUGUCGGAGCCCCCCCGGUCCGGAGGUUCGGUGUUGUUAUUCAUGCUGGACGUGUCAGUUUCCCCUGACAGUUAGUUUGUUUGUCGGAGUGUUUUGGCUCGGAGGGCAACUUGGUGUCGUCGUGGAGGGAUUUUCUCCAGACUUGGAGCCGUGACAGCGGGUUUUAACUGCCGGAAUAAUCGAUAAAAAGCCCGUCUUGAGCGCGGAGUGUAUGUGGCUAACACAGGACUAGCUCCAACCCGAGCUGAGCCGAGCCAGACCCGACCAUGCCAGUCAGAAAGAAAGACGCCCAGCGAGCCCUGCUGCUGCUGGAGGAGUACCGGGCCAAGCUGCACCACGCCGAGGACCGCCAGCUGCGCCACUCCAUCCAGAGGGUCAUCGACAUCUUCCAGAGCAACCUCUUCCAGGCUCUCAUAGAUAUCCAGGAAUUUUACGAAGUGACCUUAUUAGACAGUCAGAGGUGGGUGGAGUCUUCCAAGGCAGCGGACCCCAUGGCACCCGUCCACCUGUGGGACUUCUCCAGCCUUCAAAGCACAACGGUGACCUCGGACACGCUGCCCAGCCUUAGCACCAGCAUCGAGGACUCCCCCCUCCUAAAUGAAAUCCUGAACACGUUGGCGCAGGCCAAACAGCCGCCCAGCCCUGACGGACAAAAGUACAGGCACAACGAUGAGGACUCGUCCCCCCAGGACCAGAGCUCCCCCCAGCUGACGGAGGAGGCAGGGGGGCCGGAGCUGGUCCAGGUAGCAGAGAAGAACCUUUCCCAGAUCGAGAACGUGCACGGAUACGUCACCCAUGCCCACAUCUCGCCCAUGAAGGUAGCGACUCUGGAGUGCAUCUUUGACGGACAGCACCUCCCGGAGCUCCCCUCCCCGUCCUCCACCCUCUAUUCCCGCGGCGAGGACAGCCCCCUCCCCUCCUGCUCCUCCAACCCCUACCCCCCGAUCCAGGUUGACUCCUCCCCGCCCUCCUCUCCUCUAAUCCCUGUGAUCCCAGUCUCUCCAAUCUCAGCCGACUCCACCGCCAUCCCUCCGACGCCACAGGCCAACCCUCCUCCUGUGGUGGUGAACACAGACAGCCUGGACACGCCUCCAUACGUGAACGGGACGGAGGCGGACUAUGAGUAUGAGGAGAUCACGCUGGAGAGGGGGAACUCGGGGCUGGGCUUCAGCAUCGCGGGUGGAACAGACAACCCUCACAUCGGAGAAGACCCGAGUAUCUUCAUCACCAAAGUUAUCCCAGGAGGAGCAGCAGCCCAGGACGGACGGCUCAGAGUGAACGACGUCAUCCUGAGAGUGAACGAGGCGGAUGUGCGAGACGUAACCCACAGCCGGGCGGUGGAGGCCCUGAAGGAGGCCGGAUCGCUGGUCCGCCUCUACGUGCGCCGCAGAAAACCCGUCUCCGAGAAAGUCAUGGAGAUCAAACUGGUGAAGGGACCCAAAGGUCUGGGCUUCAGUAUAGCGGGCGGUGUGGGGAACCAGCACAUCCCAGGCGACAACAGCAUCUACGUCACCAAGAUCAUCGAGGGAGGAGCUGCACAUAAAGACGGGAGGCUGCAGAUCGGAGACAAACUGCUGGCUGUGAACAGUUCUUGCCUGGAGGAGGUGAGCCAUGAACACGCCGUCACUGCCUUGAAAAACACUCCUGACGUCGUCUACUUGAAAGUGGCAAAACCCAACAGUGUCUUCAUGAACGACAGCUUCGCCCCGCCCGACCUCACCAACUCGUACUCUCACAUGGAGAAUCAUAUCAGUCCCCCUAACUUCCUGGGCCAGCCCCUCCCCCCUCCGGCCUCCUCCGGACGCUACUCCCCGACCCCCAAGAGCAUGCUGGGAGACGACGACGUCACCCGGGAGCCCAGGAAGGUGGUUCUCCACAGAGGAGCGACGGGGCUCGGCUUCAACAUCGUGGGCGGCGAGGACGGCGAGGGCAUCUUCAUCUCCUUCAUCCUCGCUGGAGGACCAGCUGACCUCUGUGGAGAGCUGAGGAAAGGAGACAGACUGGUGUCUGUGAACGGCGUGGACCUCCGGAAUGCCACGCAUGAGCAGGCUGCCGCCGCCCUGAAGAACGCCGGGCAGACGGUGACCAUCAUCGCCCACUACAGACCCGAGGAGUACAGCCGGUUUGAGGCAAAGAUCCACGACCUGCGGGAGCAGAUGAUGAACAGCAGCAUCAGCUCGGGGUCGGGGUCGCUGCGCACCAGUCAGAAGAGGUCGCUGUAUGUCAGAGCCCUGUUUGACUAUGAUAAGACCAGGGACUCGGGUCUGCCCAGUCAGGGACUCAACUUUAAGUUUGGGGACAUCCUCCACGUGGUGAACGCCUCCGACGACGAGUGGUGGCAGGCCAGACAGCUGACCAGUCAGGGGGAGGAGGAGGAGGUGGGGGUGAUCCCCAGCAAGAGAAGGGUGGAGAAGAAGGAACGAGCACGGUUAAAGACGGUGAAGUUCAAUGCCAAGUCCCGAGAGCGAGGGCAGUCUCUCAAUGACAAGCGUAAAAAGAACCUCUUUUCCCGAAAGUUUCCGUUCUACAAGAGCAAAGAAGCGAGCGAGCAGGAGACCAGCGACAUCGACCAACAUGUGACGUCUAACGCCAGCGAUAGUGAGAGUAGCUACCGUGGCCAGGAGGAGUACGUUCUGUCGUAUGAACCCGUCACUCAGCAGGAAGUGAACUACACCCGUCCCGUCAUCAUCCUCGGCCCCAUGAAGGACCGGAUCAACGACGACCUGAUCUCAGAGUUCCCCGACAAGUUUGGAUCCUGCGUCCCUCAUACGACCCGGCCGAAGCGCGACUAUGAGGUGGACGGCAGAGAUUAUCACUUCGUGGUGUCCAGGGAGCAGAUGGAGAAGGACAUCCAGGACCACAAGUUCAUCGAGGCGGGACAGUACAACAACCACCUGUACGGGACCAGCGUGCAGUCGGUCCGCGAGGUGGCCGAGAAGGGUAAACACUGCAUCCUGGACGUGUCAGGAAACGCCAUCAAGAGACUCCAGCUGGCUCAGCUGCAUCCCAUUGCCAUCUUCAUCAAACCCAAAUCUGUGGAGAACAUCAUGGAGAUGAACAAGCGUCUAACGGAGGAGCAGGGCAGGAAAACCUUCGACAGAGCCACCAAGCUGGAGCAGGAGUUCACCGAGCAUUUCACAGCCGUGGUUCAGGGAGACACUCUGGAGGAGAUCUACGAUCAGGUGAAGCAGAUCAUCGAGGAGCAGUCGGGUCCUUUCAUCUGGGUCCAGUCCAAGGAGAAGUUAUGAGGAGCAGAACUGAGUCUGCUGCACAGCUCCUCUCUUCAGAUCCACUCGCUUUUAUUCUGAAAGGAAAACUCCCCCCCCCCCGAUCCACGUCACGGUCUCAUUUUAUUCCCUUUUCUUUGCCUGAUUAAGACUCCAUCGUUGGGUUUCCUGACCAGCAGAGAAAAGCACACAGGAAGUAAGCUGACAUCACUCCCCACGGUACGGCUCCUUAAUGUUUAAGGGAGGAGAAGAAGAAGACGAGUCCAUGAAAGUGGCGAGAAGGCUCCGUCAAUCUUUUGGUCAUUUGGAUUUACGGUUCACAAAACAAUAGUAAAAAACAAAUGAGUGGUCAUUUGAUUUUAAAAUACAAACAUUAAAGUGUAAGUACAAGGCUUUUUGAUUCAUCAGGGUCAGAGGGAUAGACUAUUUAAAACAGGAUUUGAUUUUUGUUUUCUAGUUAUAAUUAAAAAAAUUGAAAUCAAAACAUUUCCAAGCAGACAGCACACUUCAGACCCUGAGACUCUUAUUUUGAAGGGGAGCGGUCCCUGUUUCCGACUCUGGACUUCCUUUUUCAGUUUUCAUUAUACGACUUAGAUAACCAGGCAAACUUACGAUUUGAGUGCUUUUUUAAAAUAAAAAUUAUAUAAGUAAUUACAAGAAAAAAUUCUUCGUACAUAGAAAAAUCUGGAAAAUUGUUUUUCAUUUUUCCUAUAAAAAUUACUUUGAUUUUAUUCCAAGAAAUCUCUCAUAAUUGUCAAAAAUGACAUAAAACUGACAGAAUUUUAACAAAACUAGAAAGAAUUUCAGGAUUAUUUUGAUCACGUCUGCACAAUUCCAUAAAAAAUUCUUAAUACAGAGAAAAUUCUGAAAAAUUAUUUUUCAUAUUUCUGAUAAAAAAUACUUUAAUUUUAUUCAGAGAAAUUUCUCAUAAUUGUCAAAAAUUCUACAUACAACAGACAAUUAAAAAAGCUAAAUUUAGUGAAAAUACAAGAAAAUGAUCCCAAACUUUUAUAAGUUUUACUGCUGAUAACAAUUUUUUUUUCAGUAUGCAUUAUACAACUUUAUUAUCGAACAAACGUACAUUUUGAGUUACAUGCUUUUUCAGUCAACAACGAGAAAACAAAUAUGCAUAUUUUAUUUAUGUGGCUGCAAUUUGAAAAGAAGAAUAAACUUUAUUCAUCGACCAUUCACGCUUUUAUUUUAUAAAUGACAACUUCCGGUCGCAGAAUAAGAAGUAACAGGCGUUUUUUCGAUUUAAAUUUUUCUUAUUUUAACUAGAAAAUAAAAAUCAAACACAUUUUAUCUAUCCGUCUAUCCCUUUCUGACCCAGAUGAAGUAAAAAGCAAGUUGUAUUUCUUAAUUUUAGUAUUUGUAUUUUGAUUCAAAAAUCAAAUAACCACUCGUUUUUUGUUUUUUAAAUGUCCUUUUGUGAACAACAAUUCCAACGACCAAAAGAUACAAGGACCGAGAAGAAAUGCACGGAGAAGAUUUUAUCCUUUGUUUUUUGUUUGUGGGUUUUUUUCACUUUUUUUUUGUCUUGUAAGGUAAGAUGGACGGAGGUUCAGUCUCUCUUGUGUCUGUCGGAGACACAAAAAGCAAAACUUUGCACGUUUGAGCUUUAACAGCAUGUCAGUUACCAAGCCGUUUAUUUCCCAUCAGCCCCUGCAGCGUCUCUUCUUCUGUUCUGCAUUUCAUCAUUUUCUGUUUGUUGUUUUUCCCGCCUGGUGAGCUGCGGCUCGUCGCUGCUGCAGGAUGUUUGUCUCUGCAGGGUUCCUGCUCGGCCGCCAGGGGGCGCCGUGGAGCCGCUCGCUGCCUUCAAACUCACUUUCACACUUUGUGGCUCAACAUUUCACUUUUUUUUUUUACACAUUUAGUUUGACCUGCAGCUGGCGAGGUCAAAGGUCACAGCGUUUCAUUAAAUCUAACGACACUGUAAAAAAAAAAAUUUCUCUCUCAUUUCUGUCUGAAAAAGAAUCUGAAGCCUAAAAAAAAAUCAGUUUUAGUAAUAAAAAUAUUUUGAAAAAAAUACCACUUUAAAUUCACCAAAGAAAACUAAAUAAUUGGAGAAAUAUUGUCAUUAUUAUGAGAAUAUUGUCUAUAAUUACUAAAAAAAAUUCUGAUAAUUUUCUCAUGACAAUGGGCAAUGAAUGGCCUUUGAUCACAUUUUAUAAUUGUCUCAUAAUUCUAUGAAAACUAACAUAAGAUUAUUUUGAUCACGUCAGCAUUAAAAAACUUUCAAAACUACAACAAAAAUCUGGAAAAUAUUAAUUAUUUCAUAUUUCUGAAAAAGUUCACUUUACUUUUACUAUGAUAAAACUAAUAAUUUAGAAAAUGAUUCAUAUAACUGACAGAAUUCUCAGAAAGCUAAAUUAAGAGAAAUUACAAAAAAAUUAAUUCAAGAAAAUGAUCUGAAUCCAUCUCGUACUUAGUUUUUUUUUUUAUUCCAAGAAAAAUCAGGAAAAAUAUGAAUUCUUUAUUUCAUAAUUCCCCCCAAAAAAUGUGAAAAAGCAGAAUUACUAAAACCCCAUUUUAAUUAUUCUGUUAGAAAAUAUUCUUUUAAUUAUCUCAUAAUUAAAUAUAAGGAAAACAAAGAAAUAAUUUUAAGAAACCUUCUUCAUAAUAAGAAAUUAAUAAGUGAGAAACCUGUUUCAUAAUUAAGAGAAAUUUAUUAAAAAAACCAAAUCAUAAUUAUCUUGUAAUUAUCUCAGAAUUCAGAGAAUAAUAAUCUACGUCAAUAAAUCAAAUAGAAUUAUUAAAAGUGAGUUUUAGCUACAGGAUAAUUAUUUUAUAAUCCAGAGAAAGACAUAUUUUUUUAUUUAAAGAAAAAUUCUCAUAACUUCAAGAAAAAUGUCCCAGAUAUCUUAUAUAUUUUUUAUUUAAUAAACAAAGAGCGAAAAAAUUGUGAAACUGCUGAAUUAUUGAAAAAAAAAUCCCCAUUAAAUUAAGAGAAAACUCAUAAUAUUCCAAUUUAUUCCAAGAAAAAACAAAAUGUGACAACUACAAGAAGAAAAUCACAAAUAUGAGUUCCUAAUUUCAUAAUUACAGAAAUUUUAUUUAGUUAUUUUCAGAAAUGCAUCACUGAGGUCAGAAUUAUUGGGGGAAAAAUUAAAACUUAGAAGAAACUUGUUGCAGGAAAAUGAUUUAAUGAAACUAAGAUCUCUGAAUUAUUUAAAUAAAGUUAAAAAAAAAUGAACAAUCAAUGUGUGAAAAUGUUAAAUUACAGGAAAACGUUUUCAAUAAUUACAACAAAACAGUUUUCACAUCAAACAUGAAACCGUUUUCUUGUAAUUAUGAGAUGUUUUGUUUGUUUUUCUUUGGUGAAAUUAAAGAGAUUUAAAAUAAAACUUUAAAGACAGAAUGACAAGAAGUUUUACAGUGAAACUCUGAUUUUAAACAUCAAAUAAACUCCAUGAUUAGUUUUUAUUAUUAUUAUUAUUAUUAUUGAUGUUAUUCUGGGUGUGUUGGGGUGUUGUUGUUGGGCGCGGCGCCCUCUCGGGACGCAAGUUCGAACCCCGUCAGGCGUCCCUCAGCGUCGUCAGUGUGUUACCACGGAAACGACGUGGAUCAUGUGAUCCGCAGGUUAUUAUUGUACAAUGAGAUUUUGACAGAUAUUUAACCCUCGGUAAACUGCCUAUUUUGUUAUAAUAAAAGUCUAUAUUGAACUUUACUUAAGCACUACUACUACGGGAAUUAUUUUCUUUGCAUUGUUAAUCAUAUAUGAAUAGAAAAGUAUAAAGAUAUUUGAAUAUGAAUAUAUAUUUUUUCUUUUUCUUUGAUCACCACCUCCUCUGUCUUUUAAUUUUCUUUUUUAAGCAUAAUAAAAACUUAACAAGAAAA